AUGGCGCAUGGCGUCCAAAAUACUCACAAGGAAGAGCUUAUACCCCCCGACGGCCUCACGUUCUAUCCAGCCUACUGCUAUAAAGCAUCGCCGACGCACUUCACAUGGGUGAAACUGAGCGCCGUAAAUGUCCAUCGUCUGACACGUCGCAGUGGAUACGAAGGACAAAAUAUAUACUUUUACAAAAACCACCCUAUCCAAUUCAUCUGUCUGGCGGGUGUGAUCGUCUCUCGUGAAGAGCAUGUUCGAAGAACAAUAUUGACACUAGACGACAGCUCAGGGUCGAAUAUUGAAAUAGUAUGCUCAAAAAGACAAGUUGAACUACCGGACUCCCAGCCAGUUAAAGCUAAGACUGGUGCAGCCGUAGCAGCUGCAGACCCACAACGAGUCUCCGAAUACAUCACAUCUACCACCAAAGAGGCGUUGGACAUCAAGUCACUCGUUCCUGGCGUAAUAGCUAAGUUUAAAGGAACAGUGAUAAAGUUCCGCAAUAUAAAACAGCUCCAUCUAGAGCGUUUCGUGCUUCUGCCUGACAUGGAUGGGGAGAUGCGGUUCUGGGAAGAGCGGACGCGGUUUUUGGUUGAUGUACUUUCUGUGCCGUGGUAUUUGACCCCGGAGCAGGUAGAACAGUUGAGGAUUGAAGGGGCAGGACUGGAGGAAAAGAAGAAGAAGCGGUCCAAGGCUAAAGAGCACGAGAAGGAAAGAAGGGAAAGGAGAAGGGCGGAGAGGGAGGAGAAGGAUUAUGAGCGAAUUGUCCGGAGGUAUCAGAGGGAGGAAGAGGUGAGGAGGAAGUAUGCUGAGAGUAGUAGGGAGGUUAGUGCUCGGUUUAGGAAAAGUGGGAAAAGAUGA